AUGCCUCCUGCCAGCAAGAAAUCAAGAUUAGCAAAAAGUAAAUUUCAAUCAGAAUCUGGAAACUGUUUCUCUAAAAACAUAGAAACCAGCAAUGACGACCUGGUUGACUUAUUUGAGAUUGAUAUUGAAGAAGAUAUUACUGUGGAUGACAGAGAACUUCAGAGAAUUACAGAUGAUGUUACUUCUGCCAUCUAUUCUAGCCACUUCCUCAAAUGGCAUGAGGGAGCUGAUAAGUUCCUUCGUGGUACAUAUCAGAAGAAUUCAUUAACAAUUGAGUGGAGAAAGAGAAAGACUAUGAAGGAAUCUUUUGAUUCUAAAGGAAGUUAUCUUCUAACACUACAGGAAAAAAAGAGGGUCUGCCAGGGGUUCACUGGGGGGCUGCUCAGAAGGUUGCCCAGAGAUUGGGUUAUUAAUCAUUUUAAUUGGAUUAAAAAUAUAUUUUUCAACAAAUAUUCUUAUAAACAAGUAUUUUAUUGGUUGUUGGAAUAG